AUGCUAGUGCUUGCUUCUUUGUCGUUGUCUUUUCCAUUGGUCUUAUCUAUAACAGGGCAAGGCGUCGUUUUUAUCCAGACAUUGCCGAUUUCAUCAGGCUUACAGCUCACCGAACACUUCCUGCUUGGUUUUGAAUCUUAUACGAUGGACAAACUGACAGUUAUUUUCGUAGCUUUGUUUGUCACUGCGGUGGUAGCAGCGCCCAACAAUGUAAUGACCAAACUCAAAACUCUUGGAAAUGUCAAAAGGGCUGCAUCUCUCCUGAAACCACUUCACUCACUUAACCAAGAGGCGACUGAUAUGGAUGAACUCAAAAUGGCAAUGGUACUUCUAGAUAGGAACAAUGACGAUAUGCUGGAUGCCGAUGAACUAAAGUAUUUGUUUUCAAGUACUAAUGUCCCUCUUGAUCUUUUAGACGAAUACGUUGAAGCCUUGAUGGUUUUCGACGAAGAUAAUAACCGGAUGCUGGAUAUCAACGAAAUGGCAAAUAUUAUGAAAUUCGCAAACCUCUAA